UGCAUUAAUUCCUAGCAAGCGCUACAAGCUUGAUUGCAGCUGUUGCUUCCUUAAUAUGCCUCCUCCCACUGCGGCAGACGCAUGGCUUAAUUCUCGUCGAUUUGGCAUAGUCAUAGAUGCAGGCUCAUCAGGCUCGCGUCUGCAGAUAUACAGCUGGCGCGACGCGCGCGCUGUUCGAGACGAGCUCGGUGCAAAAGUGUACCAUUCGUUGCCAAAGGUUGAGAAAGGAACACAAAGCGGGGAGGAUUGGGUGACCAAAGUCGAACCUGGCAUAUCAUCUUUCUCCGACAACCCUGAAGGCGUAUCAGCCUAUCUUGCUCCCUUGUUGGCUCACGCCCGGGAACGCAUUCCUCCGUCGCUUCACGCCCAGACACCACUGUUUCUACUGGCCACUGCUGGCAUGCGUCUAUUAUCACCCGAACAGCAGGCUACGGUUCUUCAAUCAACGUGCCAUUUUUUGAAAUUCCAUUCGAACUUCCGCAUCGAUGAACCAUCACCAGCGGGGCCUUGUGGGUCAUCCAUACGAAUAAUUACUGGCGAGGAGGAAGGCUUGUUCGGAUGGAUAGCAGUCAACUAUCUCAUGGAUGGAUUCGGUCCGUCCGAUGCGGACCGAACAACCUAUGGAUUCCUGGAUAUGGGAGGCGCAUCAACACAGAUUGCGUUCGAACCGAGUAGAGAGGAACGGGAGAAGGCGAAAAACUUGAUUGAUGUACGGCUGCGUCUCAUGGGGGGCGAGGAGAUCCAUCAUCAGGUCUUUGUCACUACUUGGUUGGGAUACGGCACAAAUAUGGCUCGCGAGCGUUACGUUGGACGAGCUAUCAACGAAUACGAGCAGCAUCAGCCAUCGCCUUUGUCCGUCUCGUCUUCUGACUCAAGCGAGAUCAUUGAGGACCCAUGUCUGCCCAAGGACCUCAGACUCACCGAAUCACCUGCUCAUACUAGUCCUUCGACGUCCCACACCCGAAAACCUCACACUUUUCUUGGCACUGGGUCGUUUGGACAGUGUCUACAGCGCGUAUCGCCUCUACUCAACAGAUCUGCUCCUUGUCCAGAUACGCCAUGCCUUUUCAAUGGCGUGUAUGUUCCUCCGAUCGAUUUCUCCGUCUCUCAUUUCAUCGGAGUCUCAGAAUAUUGGUAUUCAUCGGAGCAUAUCUUUGGGUUAGGGGGCGCUUACGACUUCGUACAGUAUGAGCGAGCAGCGCUCGAUUUCUGCGGGAAAAAUUGGUCCGAUAUCCUACAGAUGCAUGAGCAAGCCCGGCAGCGCGGUCGUCUCGGUGGAGAUGGGGAGAUGCAAUGUUUCAAGGCGGCUUGGAUUGUCAAUGUCUUGCAUGAGGGCCUCGGAAUGCCAAGGAUUGUGGAUCCAGGCGGCAACGUUACAUCACAUCCUGAUGCUCUCGAAACUCAUGCUCAAGAGAAGGGCCUGGGUCGCCCAACGUUUCAGUCCAUAGAUUCGGUAGGCGACAUCGCUAUCAGCUGGACGCUGGGCAAAAUAGUCCUUGAGGCAAGCAAAGAUAUCCCACCUCUU